UUUGUUGCAACUUCCGGUUCCCGGGUUCAAGGUAGUGCAGCAAGUCGGAUCCACGUCGGGAUGUGGUUGAUGAAAGUGCCUAACACUGUAAUGACCAUCACAUGAUCAGCUGCAGGCGUGGAGAUCUGACAGUUACACGAUGAUAGAUGGCGGGCCUCAUUAAAGAGGAGAAUGAAGCAGACCUACAGGCUCAAGUAAGACCAAAGGCUUUCAGCACACGAGGGGCAGAUCAUGAUGGCAGCAGCUGCGGCACGCGGCGCUGCAGUGCAGGCGGCAGACGCUGCAGGUCUGCGCUCCUCAUCCAUGCAGGAAGAGCUGCAGGGCAGACACAGACAACAAACAUGGAGAUUGAAGAGGUUGAGGCUUUGUCUUCUAUCUACGGCGAUGAAUGGUGUGUGAUAGAUGAAGCAUCCAGAAUAUUUUGCAUAAAAAUAUCCAGUGAUUUGGAGGAGCCAAAACUGACGGCGUGUUUACAGAUUAUUCUACCUUCUGAUUAUCCAAGUGCGGCUCCACCCAUCUACCAGAUCAAUGCAGCAUGGUUGCGAGGCCCUGAGAGGGUCAAAUUGGCAAACAGCCUGGAAGACAUCUAUGUGGAGCAUCCUGGGGAGAGCAUCCUCUACCUUUGGGUGGAAAGAGUCAGAGAGUUUCUUGUGGAGAAGUCCCAAUGCUCAGGAGCAGAACAUCCUGGAAAAGACAGCACAUCAGCUGAGGAGGGAGUAGAUGAUGAUGAUGAUGAAGAGUACCUCUCAGAUUUCAUGGCUCUCAAACUGAACACGGAAAAUGCACAUCUCUUCAUGGAUCCGGGACACGACGAAGAAUUGCCUCUGAUAAAACAUGGAAACCCCGUGACAGACAGACGCAGCACCUUCCAGCCUCAUUUGGCCCUCGUGGUCUCACCCAGACAGGUGAAAAUGGUCCUGGAGAAGCUUUAUAUGAAUAAGAAGAUUGCCAGUGCCACUCAUAAUAUUUAUGCAUACAGGAUCUACUGCGAGGACAAGAACAGCUUCCUGCAGGACUGUGAGGACGACGGCGAGACGGCUGCGGGGGGGAGAUUGCUCCAUUUACUGCAGAUUCUGGACGUACGCAAUGUCAUGGUUGUUGUGUCCCGCUGGUAUGGAGGCAUUUUGCUGGGCCCUGACCGCUUCAAGCACAUCAACAACUGCGCUAGAAACAUCCUGGUGGAGGAGGGCUACAUUGCUUCAGUGAAUGAGGCUGCCAAAUCAGGAGCAAAGACCAAAAGAGCAAAAAGCAGAAAGACUAAAUGAAACGGGAUCAGAUUCAGAAGGACUUUGGUCUCAUUUGGAUUUACCUUAAACAGAUGGACGGAAGCAUUGCAUGUUUACAGAGCUAAAGCCUUCAUUAAAACAGACUCUGGCAUCAACAAA